UCUCAACCCGCGAUCAGCCCCUCGCAUGACGUAACGCCCAAUCUGAAAGUGCAAUGGCGAUAUUGGACAAUAACAGCCAUCGCGCUUGGGGUCCACAUCUAUAUUAUGUGGCUAAUGUUAAAGAAAACACCACCAGCCGGCUGCAAAACUACAUAUAAUAUCGGCACAGAGCGCGAGCAUCAACCUGCGACCAGGAAAGGUGAUUUCCCAGCGAUGACAGCUUAGAAUAAAACGCUGGUGUGACGUGUGAACAGACACCAUGGCCACACAGGAACCGUCCCCUCCUUCGUCCAUGGAAAGCAAUAAGCCCGGCUUCCCCAAGAAGAUCCUGGGCAAUAAGCUGGAGGACAAACACCUGUGCAACUGCUGCCAUAAUAUACUCAGACGGCCAUUUCAAGCCCAGUGUGGACAUCGCUUCUGUUCCUACUGCUUUAACAGGACUGUGAGUAAUGGGCCCCAGAAAUGCAAUGCUUGCAUCAAAGAGGAUAUUUUUGAGGAGCCUACCUCAAUUUUAAAACAAGGAUGUGCUUUUCCGGACAAUGCGGUUCGAAGGGAAGUUGAAAGCCUGCCAGCUGUUUGUAUCAAUGAAAGCUGCAGUUGGAAAGGAAGUAUCAAAGAGUACGAGAUGAACCAUGAGGGGAAGUGCGAGUUCAUGAUCAUCCCCUGCCCCUCCUGCAAAGAACGAAUUCGCUUCAAUGAACAGGAGCGCCAUAAUGAGCGGGAGUGCCCUGAGAGGACGCUCAACUGCAAGUACUGCAAGGAGCCGUUCCACUUUAAGAAUAUCAAGGCACACGAUGAGAUCUGCCCCAAGUACCCGAUGAUCUGUGAAGGCUGUGCCAAGAAGAAAAUACCCAGAGAGAAGUAUGUGGACCACAUCAAAUUCUGCAGCAAAUUCAGAACUCCGUGUCGAUUUCAUGUCGUGGGAUGUGAUAUGUCUGUGGAGAAGGAAAAGAUUCAUGACCACGAGCGUGCAUAUGCCUAUGAGCACCUCAAUCUUCUGCUGCAUUACAUCAUGGGCAUGAAAGUUAGCAUGGAAGGCCUGCAGCCGCAGGGACUGGAAGUAGCUGGACACAAACUGGUGGAACUCCAACAAUCCCUCAAAGAACUCGAGGCCAGAGUUUCCCAGCUCAGCACCACCUCCUCUGGGCCUCCCGUGCAGGGAGCUGCCGCCGCCGCUGCCUCCUCAUCCUCCAGCUCCGGACCCCCUGGUCCACCCGCUUCAGUUCCUCUCCCUCCACCUCCCACUCUGCCUCCCACUCUCUCUGUGUCUACGUCUUUCACACCUCUGCCCAGCUCAGUGGGCGCAGCACUGGAGCUCCAGCUUCACAGUGAGAAAACCAAGGUGGCCGAGCUGGGCCGCAGGUGCACGGAGCUCGAAGUCAAAGCCGGCACGUUUGAAAAUGUGGUGUGUGUCCUGAACAGAGAGGUGGAGAGGUUUGCCACCACCAUGGAAGCCAGCAACCGUCAGCAUAAACUGGACCAGGAUAAGAUUGAGGCUCUGAGUAACAAGGUGCGACAGCUGGAGCGAACUGUCGGGCUAAAGGAUCUGACGGUUGCAGAGAUGGAGGGACGGCUGAGAGAAAUGUCUGCCACCACCUUUGAUGGUGUCUUUAUCUGGAGGAUCUCAGAUUUUGCCAAAAAGAGGCAAGAUGCCAUUGCAGGCCGAGCCCCUGCCAUGUUCUCACCAGCCUUCUAUACCAGCAAGUAUGGCUAUAAGAUGUGUCUACGGAUCUAUCUGAACGGAGAUGGGACAGGGCGUGGCAGCCACUUGUCCUUGUUCUUUGUGGUGAUGAGGGGACUGAGUGAUGCCCUUCUUAAAUGGCCUUUCAACCAGAAGGUCACUCUGAUGCUGCUGGAUCAGAGCAACAGAGAGCACAUCAUCGAUGCCUUUCGACCUGAUGUCACUUCCUCCUCUUUCCAGAGACCCGUGAGCGAGAUGAACAUCGCCAGCGGCUGUCCUCUCUUCUGCCCGCUCUCCAAGCUCGAUGGCAAGAACACUUACAUUCGUGAUGACACCAUCUUCAUCAAGGCGAUUGUGGAUCUCACCGGCCUCUAGACAGCUCCGCAGGGUGUUCCAGUUUGCCAACCAGGCAGCUCUUUGACCAUUAAAGGCUUCAUUUUGGCUCAGUCGCAGUCCCUUCUGGGCUCUGCUCGGGCAUCUUACCGUCCCUCGCAGCUUUGGGGAGACAGACAUGCUUGCGACUGUCUGCUGCAUGUAGCUGCUCAGUCCAGACGGUGCUGGCAUUGUUAUACCUGGUGGUCUCUGUGUGAGAACCCCUGUCAUUGCUGUACAUUUGGGUGCAAAACUUACUUUCUUGACAUCCCAGCAUCACCAUCCACGGUGAUAAAGUGUCGUUUCAGUUCUGCACAUGAGUUUUCAGUCGGAGGAAGCAGGCAGCAGUGCAAUGUCGUCAGUGCAGUGUUAAGCAGAAGGAGAGAUGAGUGGAAAGACAGAGCUGUUUCUUUUUUUUUAUCCUCUGCUUUUGAAGGCUGGGGGGUGUUGCAGAACGUGCAGCAUGUUAGAGCAGGACUGUAGAUUGCAGAUGUGUUUAUGUGAUCAUUUUGAUAAACCUGGCAGUAGAAUUGUAAUAGAGCGUGGCUUGAUGCAGAUUUAGCUUCUUCUUGAAGAUUGUGGAUAUUGUGAGCUUCUCAGUUCCAGUGUGGAGUAAAUUUGCAUAGACAAACGUGGAGUUAUGUUAUGAAUAAGAUUAGAGGCAAUUUUUUUCUUUUCUCUCUCUUUUUUUUUUUUUAGAUGAAAUGCAUGCUGCUGGCGUUUUAAGUAUAAAGUAUAAAAUCGCUUUUUUAUUUCUUUUUUUUUUCUUUUUUCCAACCAAGCUUCACAAAGGUUCAUCAUUUGAUAUUAAACUCGUUAGUGAUUUAUCCAUCUGUGAUGGUGGACAUUGCCUGCAUGUCUAUGGA